AUUUUUGACGUGACGUUCUGUUGAAAAUUCUGUGUUUGUUGAGAGAGGAAGAGAGAUCGAGGGAGAGAAGAUGACGAAGAUGGCGAUCGGCAUUGAUCUUGGCACCACUUACUCGUGCGUCGGUGUAUGGCAGAGCGGUAAAGUGGAAAUCAUCGCCAACGAGCAGGGCAACAGGACGACGCCCAGCUACGUGGCGUUCACGGACAGCGAACGGCUGGUCGGUGAUGCCGCCAAGAACCAGGUCGCAAUGAACCCGACGAACACGGUGUUCGACGCGAAACGCCUGAUCGGCCGUAGAUUCGACGAUGGUAAGAUACAGGCGGAUAUGAAGCUGUGGCCGUUUAAGGUGGUCGACGACAAGGGAAAGCCGAAAAUUCAGGUGGAGUUUCGGGGUGAGAAGAAGACGUUCGCUCCUGAAGAGAUCUCGUCUAUGGUGCUGACGAAGAUGAGGGAGACGGCGGAGGCUUACCUGGGGGAGGCUGUGAGGGAUGCGGUGAUCACGGUGCCCGCUUACUUCAACGAUUCGCAGCGGCAGGCGACGAAGGAUGCGGGGAUGAUUGCCGGCAUCAACGUGCUCAGGAUCAUCAACGAACCGACGGCCGCGGCUCUAGCGUACGGCCUGGACAAGAAUCUGAAAGGUGAGAGAAACGUGCUCAUCUUUGAUUUGGGUGGUGGCACUUUCGACGUAUCCGUACUCACCAUAGACGAGGGUUCGCUGUUCGAGGUGAAAGCGACUGCCGGUGACACCCAUCUAGGAGGCGAAGAUUUCGAUAAUCGCCUGGUGGAUCAUUUCGCCGAAGAGUUUAAGAGGAAGUAUAAAAAGGAUAUGCGAGGUAACGCGCGUUCCCUGCGUCGCUUAAGGACUGCGGCGGAAAGGGCCAAGAGGAUCUUGUCCUCGAGCACCGAGGCGACGUUAGAAAUUGACGCCCUCUUCGACGGCAUCGAUUUCUACACGAAAAUAUCGCGCGCGCGCUUCGAGGAGAUCAACGCGGAUCUGUUUCGCGGCACUUUGGAGCCGGUGGAGAAGGCGCUCGGCGACGCCCGCAUCGACAAGGCGCGCAUACACGACGUCGUCCUCGUCGGCGGAUCCACGCGCAUUCCCAAGAUCCAAUCGCUCCUGCAGAAUUACUUUGCCGGCAAGUCGCUGAAUCUGUCGAUCAAUCCUGACGAAGCGGUGGCUUACGGAGCCGCCGUCCAAGCAGCCAUCCUAAGCGGAGACCGCAGCUCAAAAAUCCAAGACGUCCUCCUCGUCGACGUCACGCCGCUCUCGCUCGGCAUCGAGACGGCAGGAGGCGUAAUGUCAAAGAUCGUCGAGCGAAAUGCGCGCAUCCCCUGCAAGCAGAUGCAAGUGUUUACGACUUACUCGGACAACCAAUCGGCCGUUACCAUCCAAGUGUUCGAAGGGGAACGCACGAUGACCAAAGACAACAAUCUGCUGGGCACGUUCGAUCUGACCGGGAUUCCACCGGCGCCGCGCGGCCAGCCGCAGAUCGAGGUCACCUUCGAUCUCGAUGCGAACGGCAUCCUCAACGUGUCCGCCAAGGAGACCGGCACCGGCAGAUCGAAGAACAUCACCAUCAAAAACGACAAGGGUCGUCUCUCGCAGAAGGAGAUCGAACGGAUGCUGGCGGAGGCGGAAAAGUAUAGGGAGCAGGACGAGAGACAGCGCGAUCGCAUCGCCAGCAAGAACACCCUCGAAUCGUACGUGUUCGGGGUGAAGCAGGCGUUGGAGGAGGGCGCCUCGACGAACUCGUCGUCGGUCUCGUCGGACGAAAAGGCCAAGGUGCGCGGGUCGUGCGAGGAAUGCAUCAAAUGGUUGGACAGUAACCAGGAAGCGGACAAGGACGAGUACGAGUACAAGUAUCAGGAGAUGCGGAAGAUAUGCACGCCGACGAUGUCGAAGCUGCAUCAGGAGGGCGGCAAGAAGGACGGACCAACCAUCGAGGAGGUCGAUUAACCUGCAACAUCAAAAUUAGAAUCAAUUUAGAAAGAAAAGCAGCAAAUUCAAUCCACGCACCGCAGGCGACGACGACGUUAAGCAGACCUUUCCUCUUCAUCUCGAGGGGGGCCGUCUGCUUUUCUUCUUUCAAUUUCUCCCUGUUGUUUCCCUUCGUUCGGAUGAUAAUAAACAGUCGCCCGACGACCACCCUUCACAUUCUCUCUCUCUCCCUCUUUACCCUGUAAUUAGAGCUUUCAACGAAGAUAGUUUUAAAUAUUAAAUUAUGUAGCGUGUUACAUUUGAACGCAAUAAAAUGCACAUACACAAAAUGCAGCAGCCAUUGUUUCAUUCCGAUCGAUAUUUCAGCAGAUCGAUACGUGCAUAGCAUUUUAUACGAAUUACCCACUUACUUUGUAAUAUAUUAGAUUGUAUUUUCUUCUUGUUCAAUCGUCAUUUGUGUUCCUCCAAA